AUGAACGGUAAGGACAUAUAUGCUUCCGUUAUGAUCCGAGAAGGCACGGAAAUAAAGAAUAGAAGCAAUACUCCUAUUGUCUUCUCGGUCUACAAAAACCCAAUAUGGGACCAUGCAAUUAGGUUUUCCCUCCACGAGCCAGGACGUUUAACCCGAUUCGUGCAAUUGAUUAGUCACCGCAUAGUACGCGGUGAUAAGGAAAUUGGAGAAGUCAAAUCAGCCGUCUACGUUAACUGA